AUGACGAACUCUUGGCCGAUCGUAUUUACUGAGGCUGACACAGCAGGCCUAACUGGGCCACACAAUGACCCACUGGUGGUCGAGCUAGAAUUUGGUGGAAGCAUGGUAACCAAAAUCCUGAUCGACACAGGCAGCUCGAUCAAUGUUAUCUUUAAGGAUGAGCUCAUCCAAAUGAGGUCGAUCUACGGACGACCAAGCUCGAUGUACAACCUCUCACCGGAUUCGACGGUGACACAGUUUGUGCCAGUUUACGUGGGCGGAAUGAUGCAUUGUAUCAACUUCACCAUCAUCGACAAGCUGAUUGUUUACAAUGUUAUCCGCGGCACGCCCUGGUUACAUAAGAUGAAAGCAGUGGCAUCGACUUAUCAUCAGUGUGUAAAGUUUCCGACCUCUAGAGGAAUAUUUACACUACGAGGAGACUCGCUAGUAGCGAGAACAUGUUUCAUUAUCGAAAGGCAGCAACGCAGCGCCCGGACGUUCACCAUUUCAGACCCCGCCGAGCAGAGGAUGGUCGUGUUCGCAAGAACACAGAAUCAGUCAUCCAAGUAA